AAGCCAUUUCAGUUCGAGCGUCGCGGGCUCGAGGCAGCCAGGAGCAGCGGCAGGCCCGGGAGGCCAAAAGUGCGGCCAGCUUCCCGUCGCCGGGCCAUGGCAGGAGCACCGUGCAGUACGGCGGAGGGUGCCUCCGCACGGGGACGGCAGUGUUCCGUCCCGCUGUAUGUGCAGGUGCUUGUCGCAGUGGUGCUCGGUGUGCUCGUCGGCUGGCUGCUGCCGGAUGUUGCGAAGAGCGAGUGGAUAGGGGCCAUGGGGAUUGGCUUCGUAAAGCUGGUCAAGUCCAUAGUCGCGCCGCUGAUCUUCUGCACUGUGUUCUCGGGCAUCUUGCAUGUGCAGAGCACCGCCAAAGUGGGGCGCGUGGCGCUGAAGGCCCUCGUGUACUUCGAAGUGGUCUCCACCUUUGCAUUGAUCCUGGGACUCCUCGUGGGCAAUGUCGUGAAGCCAGGCCAGGGUGCCCACAUGCAGUACGACGGCAGGGACGUGGAGAAGUAUCAGGAACAAGCUCAGAACCGCACAGAGGUGGGCCUAGUACUCGAUAUCAUCCCGACGACUCUUGUUAGCGCACUGACCGAGGGCGAGAUUUUGCAGGUACUCUUCGUCGCCAUUCUCGUCGGCAUGGCUGCGAUGAUCACGGGAGAGCGCGCGACCCGGGUCGUUGAGUUGGUUGACGCAAUGGGUCACAUCAUGUCGAGCGUCGUUGCCAUCGUCAUGAAAGUGGCGCCUGUGGGCGCGUUUGGGGCCAUGGCGACCACGGUGGGCACGUACGGUUUGCACGAGUUGGGAAGUUUGUUCGAGCUCAUUUUGACGUUCUACCUGACGUCGAUCAGUUUCGUCCUCAUCGUGCUCGGCGCUAUCGCGGCCGCUUCGGGCUUCAACAUCUUGAAGUUCCUCUGGUACAUCAAGGACGAGCUGGUGCUCGUGGCUGCCACCUCCUCAUCGGAGAGCGCGCUGCCGAACCUGAUGGCCAAGCUGAGGUGCAUGGGCUGCUCGGAGUCCGUGGUCGGCCUCGUGGUUCCGCUGGGGUACUCCUUCAACCUCGACGGCACGAACGUCUACAUGACCCUCGCCACCCUGUUCAUCGCCCAGGCCAUGGGCGUGAGCCUGUCCCUGGCAGAGCAGCUGGAGCUUCUGCUGGUGGCCAUGCUGACCUCCAAGGGCGCCUCUGGCGUCGCGGGCGCGGGCUUCAUCUGCCUGGCCUCCACGCUGGUCGCGGUCCGGCCUGAGCUCGCGCCGGGCAUGGCCAUGCUCCUCGGCAUCGACAAGUUCAUGUCGGAGUGCCGGGCGCUGACGAACUUCUGCGGCAACGGCGUGGGCACGGUGGUCAUGAGCCGUUGGGAGGGGGAGCUGGACAAGGAGGCCCUGCGGCAAGCCCUCGGUGGCAUGAAGGGCCUGAGCGCGCCAGAGGCGAGCCUCGAUGGGGAAGAGUGCGGAGGGUCGGUGGAUGACACGCAUGUCUGAGGCUGCCUCUUUACAGACACUCAGACAUAGCAUUUCUGAGUCGCAUGACUCGCCAUGCCUUCCCCACUCAGACAUAGCAUCGACCCCAUCUACAGCAUUGCUAGGUAAACCACAGAAGAGUGGGAUUCCUCGUGAGCAGAUGGGGUUCAUCAGCAUGUUGACUGUGUUUGGCGGUCGUUAGACAUCUUGGUAAGUAGUUGAACCAUCGACCUGAGGCCCCGCCACAGAGUCGGGCCCGGGCGAUCAGGGUGUUCGUUCUUAUGGACCAUCUCCGCUUCCUUACAGGCACUUCCAGCCAAUGAGCAAUGGAGGUCAGAGUGGAGUUAUAUAGAACUCAGGAGAGAGAGAAAAGCAAUCCACGAUCCAGGGAAGGCCCUAGGGUCCAUGCCCCGCUUCACUCGGGACCCGUUUGCUUCACGCCGAAAACGGCCCAUGGCGAAAGAAGCAUGCUCCAGAGAAGGGACCCAGGCUUUGUGGGGCCAGGCGUCGAAGCCUGACCGAUCCCAUGGUGAAGACCAUGCUCC